CAACGUUCACAUUUUAGAGGAGAACACUGUCUCCACCUUCCGAUGAAAAGCACGGGUGGGGGGUGGUUACUGAAGGCAGGACAUCUCAGAUACCGACAACUUAGUAACAGCCUGUUAAUCGCACACUUAAACGUUUUGUUUGUGGGAACAACAGAAGUGAGUGUUCAAGUCCUUCCCCAGAGCAGAGUUUUCACCUUUUAGUAUGCAAAUGAUAUCAGUACCCAAGCAGACUCUCCACCCAGAAGCGGCGGCCCCUAUAACCGAGCCGUGGGAAGGCAACGCUUUUAAAAUUGGUUCAAUUAAACUGCACGUGAACGAGAUGGUCAUGUCUGGUGGAGCGGGAAGAAUUACCGAUUGAGCCGAGUCCCGGGCGGCCAUCUUCGGGAUGUGGAGACGCAAAGGUUUUAGUGGUCGCGCUGUCAGUGUUCCAGAUUUGAUUAUUUAGACUCAGAGUAUGGCCAGGGGAGGCUGGUGGAAUCAUUACACAGCAUGUUAGCACUCCAGUCCAGUGAAGUGCUAACCUCUCUGAAGAUAUAUGUAGAGGUGAAGGAAGGAAGUGAAGCUGAGGUGGGGCCAGUGAAUGACAACAUCCAGCUGAUUGGUAGCCUAGAUCUUUCCAACAUCUGUAAUAAUGGCACCAUGAAAUCUCUCCAUAAUGGAUGCACAAGUGCAAAUAUCUUAUCUGUAGAUAAUACAGAUUCCAGGAUGUUCCAGAAUUCAUCUCAUCCAAAGGUAGAUGAUGGCUUUUGUGGCCAUAGCGGCAACAAGAGACAAGAAAUGGGAGAGAAUAAAUUGACCCCUUCAAAAAUCAUGCAUUUUAUUUCAAAUCCUAGCAAGUACACAAAUUGUAACUCAGAUAGUAGACCACACUCUGUGAUAUUGCUGGGAAAUUCUCCCACUUGGAAUGCCUUAUCAUCUUUCAGGAAAAUGGGCUCUUUCAAAAAACUCAAGUCCUCAGUUUUUCAAGGAAUUCAAACCAGAGGAAAUGCUGAGGUCAUUAACUUGGAAAAUUUUGAAAAUGUGCACAAACAUGUGCAAAAUGGCCAUGGUGUGCAAAUGCAGAACAGAUCUUCUUGCACAGCCACAUUGCAAGAUUUGUGUAGUUCUGGGGAGGACUUGGCUUCGGAUGUUUCGGAAACUGAAGAUGUUGAUGAAGCUUUUUUACGCCAUACCCACAGAUCACGGAGCAUUAGACGUGCUUAUAGGAUUGGACGGAUAAAUUUAUUGGACUGUGAUAAAUCCCCAAUCCAAGAGGGCUGUACCAAAGUUGUGUUCCUUGAGUCCCAAGAAUCAAACGUCAAUGAUUCAAUGGUAACAAACUGUGAAAAUCGCAAAGCUAUCAACAGGAGAAGCAAAAGCACAGACAAUUUAAGCUUUUUCAAGAAAAGUUCAUUUAAAAGGAAAUCAACCUCUAAUCUCACAGAGGUAAAAGCCACCAACGAAAAUGAAAGAUUACAACGCACAGCAAGUGCUUCAUCAGCAGAUGAAAAAUCUGUCAAUGCUGAAAGACGAUCAAAACGCUGGAGGAGCCCAAUCAGAGCUAAAGAUUUUGACAGAAUGCUAAGACUAGUGAGUAAUGUUGCAGAUGUUGCAAGGAGGCGAGAGAGUCCAUCAAAAGAAAAUUCAUCUUCACAGGAAAGUAGAAAUGGGGCUCGAGCUAAUAGCAGGCUUCAUGAUGAUUAUUCUCGAAGAGUUUCUCAGAGUGUUGACAGUGAAAGACAUGGAUUUGCCUCCCCUGACUGGAAUCAACCCUCUACUUUUCCUGAAUCCCCUCAUUUAUUCACCUCCUCAGUCACUGAGACUGCUGUUACACAGUUGGAAAAAUCAUUAUCCUCGCCAGACUUUAAAACUAGUAGGUCUUCCCAAAAUUUGAAUCUGGCUGCACUAAACUCAAAUAGUCAAUCCACCUUCUGUCCUGUUAACCCCUUUGCUAAUGAAGUAUUCUUUGAUUCAAAUGAAUCCAAACAGACCAGUCAGUUUACAGAAACUGAGCAGCCUGCUAUUCCAGUCAGACCGACUGCUCCUAAACCGCAGAGUCCUAGCAUUGAAAAAACUAAACGCAAUAUUGCAUUCAGUUGUCCAAAUCAACACAGUACUUUAUCACUUUGUUCUAAGGACUGUGAUGGGCGAACUGAAGGAACUGUCUCAAAAACUGGAAAAUGUCCAAUAGCAUUUCAGGAUCCGGUACAGACAGUUUAUUUUGAUGAUGGGAAUGAAGACAGUGGGAUAAGCAGUCACUCACAACUUAGUCUGAAUACAACAGUUUCUGGAGUGGAAGAGAAAAAAGACGAGGUGUCUUCUGACGACCAAUGGACGAAUCAGCUCCCUUCCACAGAAGACGAAAAGGCUGAUGGACAAAAGGUUGGGCAAAAUAGGUGGAACUCCUGGAAAAGCAGGCAACAACAACGACCUCUUUCAGAUUAUGGCCAAUUCGCUUGCAGGAAGUUUUCUAUCCCAGAGAAUGGUUUGCCUAUUCAAUCUCAAAAAAUUGACACUACAGAGAAUGAAGUCACCAUUGUUGACUCCCAACCAGAGAAAUGUGUCAGUAUUCAGCUCCACAGAAAUCAGAAAAGGAGGCCAAUCUCCAUAAUUGGUGGGGCCAGUAUUUAUGGGAAUAAUCGCUCAGAGGAAAUAGUGGAUCUUCUUACAAUACAACCAGUUGCUCGGCCACCUGUUCCUUCACAUCAGGUACCACCAUAUAAAGCUGUGUCUGCCAGACUUCGGCCUUUCAUUUUCUCCCAAAGCACACCCAUUGGCUUAGAUCGGGUUGGGUGUAGACGGCACUUGAGAUCAUCAAAUUUUUCUGCAGAUGGAGGCACAGACUCUUCUGUGCUAGCUGAUGACAAUGGCAGUGAAGAAGAUUUUGCAUAUGAGGAAAUAUGUCAGGCAAAUCCCAGAUACCUUCAGCCUGGUGGAGAACAGCUUGCCAUAAAUGAGUUGAUAAGCGAUGGCCACAAAGUCUAUGCAGAGGCAUUAUGGGAUCAUGUUACAAUGGAUGAUCAGGAACUUGGAUUCAAAGCUGGAGAAGUCAUUCGCGUGCUUGAUGCCUCCAACAAGGAAUGGUGGUGGGGCAUGAUUGAAGAAAAAGAAGCCUGGUUUCCUGCUAGCUUUGUUAGACUACGAGUGAACCAGGAAGAUGCUGCAGCUGAAUGCACUGGAAAGUUUGCCGAUGAACGACUGAAUGCCAGCUGCAGUAAGCGCCUACUCAAAAAUACAGAAAACCAGAGGCAGAUGCGAACGAAUGUUAUCCAAGAGAUCAUGAACACAGAAAAAGUCUAUAUCAAGCAUUUGAAAGACAUCUGUGAGGGAUAUAUUCGUCAGUGUCGCAAACAUACAGGCAUGUUUGCUGAAGCACAGUUAGGUAUCAUAUUUGGGAAUAUUGAAGAUAUUUAUAAAUUCCAAAGAAAAUUUUUGAAGGACUUGGAGAAGCUAUUCAACAAAGAUGAGCCUCACCUGAGUGAAAUAGGAUCCUGUUUCCUUCAACACCAAGAAGGAUUUGGGAUAUACUCUGAAUAUUGCAACAACCAUCCCAGUGCAUGUGUUGAGCUCGCCAAUCUAAUGAAACAAAGCAAAUAUCGACACUUUUUUGAAGCUUGUCGACUGCUUCAACAGAUGAUUGAUAUUGCCAUUGAUGGCUUUCUUCUUACGCCAGUCCAGAAGAUCUGUAAAUAUCCACUACAGCUUGCUGAGUUGCUCAAAUACACUACCCCUGAUCACAGUGAUUAUGAAAAUAUCAGAGCUGCAUAUGAAGCGAUGAAGAAUGUAGCACAUCUGAUUAAUGAACGCAAAAGACGACUAGAAAGUAUAGAUAAGAUCGCUCAAUGGCAAGUGUCCAUUGUAAACUGGGAGGGACAAGAUGUUUUAACCAGAAGCUCAGAAUUAAUUCAUUCUGGCGAGUUGAUGAAAAUUUCAUGUCAAGGAAAGAGCCAACAGAGAACAUUUUUUCUGUUUGACCAUCAGUUGUUUUUCUGCAAAAAGGACUUAUUGAGACGAGAUAUGUUGUACUACAAAGGACGUAUUGAUAUGGAUGAGGUUAAAGUCCUUGACGUGGAAGAUGGUAAAGACAAGGAAUUUAACAUUAAUGUGAAAAAUGCUUUCAAACUGAGAAUUAAUACAACGGAGGAAGUCUACCUAUUCUGUGCCAAAAAGCCAGAAGAUAAACAGAGAUGGCUCCAAGCAUGUAUAGACGAAAGAAAAAGGGUAGAAGAAGACAAAGAAAUGGGAUUUGUAAUACAUGAAAAUCAGAAGAAACAAGCAAUGUUAAAUGCCAAAAAAUCCAGGCAUGGGAAAAUGAAGAGGGUGAAUUAUAGUGGAUUUUCUGCUCCUCCUCCACAUCAGUCUCUGCAUCCACUCCAACAGCGACACAUCACCGUGCCUACCAGCCUUCCUCAGCAACAAGUGUUCGCAUUGGCUGAGCCCAAACGCAAAGCUUCUCCCUUCUGGCACAGCUUUACCAAGUUGACUCCCUUUAAGAAAUGAAAAUACAAGUUACCAUAAAGUAAGAAAAAUGAAACCAGUCACUGCGGAGAUUUAGGGUUCUGGGAAAACACCCAACUUUGAGAAGUUGAACAAUAAAGGACUAUCAAUUAUGUUUGUUAAACUUUAUUUCGACCCCCACCCAUAGCUCAACUGAGGCCUUUCUGACAACAAUUUCAGCCAAGCAGUGAAAAUGAUAGAACUGUGUAGCAAGUAUUCGCAAAAAAACUGACGCUUCAAAAUUUAUUCUGAUGCAUUCUUGACAUAUUCUAACAGAUUAUUUUACAGGUGAUGAAUUAUUUUCAAUAACUUUGAACAGCAAUGUUAAUCAGAACAGUUGCCAUUAUUUUACCAUGUUGCAGCUCUUCAUUCUUUUCUCUACAUUGUAUUUGGCCUCUUUAUUUGCCUUGCUAUUCUAUGGGAAAUAGAAAUUCAAUUUUGCAGAUACCCAAUUGAAAUGUGAUUUUCUUAUAAAAUUAUUCAAGGAAGUGUACCCCAUAACAAUGAGCAAUGAUACUGGUCAGUGUAUACCCAUUUUAAGUAAGCAAAUAUUUUAAAGUCUGAAAUUUAAAAAGCACGUUGCAUAUUCUAUGGUUAGAAUUAUAAUAGAAUUCCAUCUUAAUAUGAAAAGAAAAAAAGAAUAACUUUUUUUAUAAUAGUGUCUAAUAUGUGUUUUAAAUGCAGAUGAAUGUAUAUGAAAUUCUUCCUUGCAAUGUAAGCACCAUCUUGUGCUCAUUGGGAAAAAUAAACUUUGAUUCCCCUUUGGAUCAGUAUUUCAACCUGCCAAGGCCUUAAAAUUUCCUGUUUACUUGCAUUGGAAUAGCACAAUAGGACUUGUUCUCAGUCUGCAUGUGGUACGAAAUUAUUGGUGGUGAUGGAGAGUUAAUCUCAAUCUCACCAUUAUAGGUGAAGAUUACCAAAACAAGCAUACAGGACUUGGUGCUUUUUAUUUUUAUUUUCCUGUUUAUGGUAUAGACCAUAAGCACCAAAUCCAAACUACUGUGUCAUCAAUUCUAGGUAGAAUGUUUCUUCGUGAAAACAAUAAUAACUUGACAUUUCCAGGAGUGCCACCCAGCCCAGCAUGGCAACCUGCAAAUGUAUGAGAAGUUUGCGUUUGUAUUUGUUUUAAGUCUUGUCUUUAACUCUGCUGUGUCUAGCAGCAGUCUUUGUUUUGCUGCUGUUGAAUUUUUUUUUAUGAAGGAUGUCUUAAGGUUUUUGAAUGCUCUUAAGAUUUUAUUUAUAACAAAACAUUUUGAAAGAAAGUAUCUUUAAAUAACAAAAGAAACCAUUUGUUGGGGUAAUGUUACUAGCAAACUGCAGUGCAGCUUUUAUGAACCAAAGAACAUGGUGGCUAGUUAUCACUCAACGUCACUUUACACUAUGAUUUUGAAAAUACCUAGCAAAUUGAUACUUCCAAGUUAUCGGUAAUAAAUGGGUUGCUCUGUAUAUAGUGAGAAUUUGUGUCUUGGUACCUUUAUCGAGACUGGUUUUCCUGUUUUGAUGUUACCACCCAAUAGAAGUGAUGUCUGAUAUGUACUGUUACAUUUCUACGCAGUCUUCUGAGUAGAAGACAGCUUCAAAACCAUGUAAUUGACUGCUGUAUAAUUGAUAUUUCAAACAUAAAUGUACAUAACUAAUGUAACUAUUUUUUGUAGAUUAGUUUUUAUGUUGCAGUAAGUGAUUUAUCUGUAGUUAAUGUAA